AUGAGCAAUUCAGAUUUCAGCACGCCAGUUCUGCCUUUGAGAAGAAACGUUAUGAAGGCAAGCUCUGCUCCAUUAUCGGGUCCGUAUAUAUUGUGCCAAGAUGAUACUCUCCAUGUUUGUACGGCACUGAUGAGCUUGUUAGUUGAUAGACGGACCGUAGACACCUUUGCAUCGGUGAAACCUGUGAGCGCCAGUACGCAGCAUCAAACCGCAGUCGCCAUUGUUGGGUAUGAUGAGCCACUAACGGUUCUCACCGAGUAUCCAAAACCCAGAAUAACGCAUCCACACGAGGUUAUUAUUAAGAAUAGGUCCAUCGGAAUCAAUCCCGUUGACUGGAAUUGCCACCAGUUCAGGUUCGGGAUUUAUCACUUUCCUUGGAUUAAUGGCAGGGAAGGCAGUGGUAUAGUUGAGGAGGCAGGGGACGAGGUCAGAGAAUUUGAAAAAGGCUCAAAGGUGUUCAUUGUCAGUACAAUGUAUCGUGAUAAUAGAACUAGCACAUUUCAGGAGUACGUUGCAAUGGACUCGCGUCUUGUUUGGAAGCUUCCGGAGAGUAUAGGAUUCAAUCAAGGUGCUGGCAUAGGAGUAGGGCUUGCCACUGCCACGGUAAUUCUGUUGGACUCUUUUAACCUUGAUCUGGCUGAAAACUCUCAGCAGGGAAAGACGCUGCUUAUAUGGGGCGGAGCAACUGUCGUGGGCUUAUAUCUGACUCAGCUUGCAAAAUACCUUGGAUUCAAAGUGAUUGGUAUUGCGAGUUCGCAGAGUCAUGCCUAUCUGGAAGAGCUGGGAGCUCAUAGUUUGAUAGAUAGAAAGUUGCCACUUGAGAAAAUAAUGGAUCGAGUUUUGAGAACCACAACUCAUGUGGAAUUUGGGGUUGAUUGUGCUUCAAAGGAAAGCACGGAAAAGCUCGUUCAGAUACUAUCUGCCAUCAACGGCAAAAACUUGAAGGCUAAGUAUGCUUCCAUUGUUUCAUCUCACGAGCUGCCAUCAGAUGGGGUUGAAAAGCGAGAAGUCAGAAUAAAGAGAUUCCAUGAGGACAUUGAUUUUGGCCAUCAGAUUGUUAGAGAGACAUCAAAACUUUUCGAAACGGGGAAAAUAAAAGCUGUCAGGACUAAAGUGUUCAGAGGUGGUAUGCGGUCAGUUAUUGACGCUCUUAAUCUUUUGAAAAACAAAGGUGCCCAAGCCGAGCGUUACAUUGUCGAGCUCGACAACUAA